CUAAUUGCCGAUUAUGCAACACAUGAGGAUCAUGAUUCUGUUUUCACACAACGCACAACUUUUGAUGUAGAUACGCAAGAAUUUUAUGUUCUUUCCGGUUUGAAAGAUAAGAAAGACAAAAGGUCUCAAGCUGUCAAAAACUCGUUUUGGGUAUAUGAUCUGCGAUUAGACAAGUGGACUAAAAUCUAUCAAAGUGAAAUCUGUGAUGCUCAAUAUUGGGAAAGCAAUGAAACAACUGAACCGCGGCCGAGAUACGCGCAUCAAAUGGUAUACGACAACAUUCACAAAGUCCAAUACGUAUUUGGUGGGAGAGCUGUUGAAACAGAAGUACUUAAACAACAGAGACUGGAUGAUUUUUGGGAAUUACACUUAGUCAGGUAUAAGAUAAUGUAA